UAACAUUGUUUAAUCUUGUGACGUAAGGUUAAAAGUAUCUUAAUAAAAAAAUAUUUUAAGUUAAAAGUUUUUUUUUCGGUAGAAUUAAUAAAAAGUUUGCCAAACCAAUUAAACAAGAGAUGAAUAAAGUAUUCGAAAUUCGAUUAUUUAAUAAAGAAAAUAAAUGGUAAAAGCAACAAUAAUUAAAGAGCGUGAGUAUGAAAUUCAUUUGAUCGAAUAUAACCAGUAAAAAAUGGAAAAGAUUCCCGAGAUAAACGUUCAAAAAUCUUUGCAACAUGAAAAUAACCAAUGGAUCACGAUCGACGAGGUUUUAGAACAAAUUGGUCAGAUUGGCAAAUUCCAAAUUUUUGUUCUUAUACUUUUCAGUUUACUUUACAUGCCUCCAGCAUUUCAGGCUUUUAAUAUAGUAUUUUUGGCAGAUUCUCCUAAAUGGCAAUGCACUGGAAUUAGUCAAGAAUGCAAUAGUACAAAUUUGUUUUUGGCAGAUAACGAUAAACGGUGUAAAUUAAAUCGAUCUUCAUGGAAGUACUCGAAACCAAAUUCAUACUCUAUUGUGACACAGUUUGAUUUGAUAUGUAAAAGAGAUUCAUAUGCAUAUUUGGCUAACUCAGCACUUUUCCUGGGUGAAAUUAUUGGUACUAUUUUGAUUGGGUGGUUAUCUGACAGAUAUGGACGCAAGAAAGUUUUAAUUCCAGCAUAUAUCGGACUUAUUCUGUUUUCCUUUAUUGGUAGCUUCUCCACAAACAUUUUUUUAUUUAUUUUUUUGCGUGGCUUAGUUGGAAUAUGCUUUGGUGGUGUUCUCCUCAGCAAUAUGGUUUUAUCUGUAGAAUUGGUUUUAGCAGAGCGACGUGCUUUAGCAGGUCUUGUUAUAUGGAAUAUGUGGACGUUAGGAUUGUUUAUAAUGACAUUAUUUGCAUGGUUAUUAGAAGAUUGGAGGAAGCUUAGCAUGAUUUUAUCAGCCCCAUUUCUUAUUUUUGCUCUUGGUGGAUGUUUCAUACCUGAAUCAGUGCGAUGGCUUCGCACAAAAAAUCAUUUACAUGAAGCUGAAGCAAUUUUAAGAAAAGUAGCAAAGAUCAAUAGAAGUUCCUAUCCUGAAGGAAAGAAACUAAUUCCAAUUCAUGAGAGUGAAAUAGCAAGGGGAUCAUAUAAGGAUUUAUUUAAAGGGUGGACAAUGUCAAGAAAAGCAAUUGCAGUUGCAAGCAUGUGGUUCACAAAUGAUUUUAUAUACUAUGCAAUAACUAUAGCUGCGGGUAAUUUUACAGGAAACUUGUACCACGACUUUAUGUUUAUUUGUUCUGUUGACUUUCCAGCAAACCUAGUUUCUAUAUAUGUAAUAAACAGAAUAGGUCGUAAAAGAGGUGCGAUAGCUGGCUAUUCUGUUACAUGUGUGUGUUUAGUAUCUUUAGCUCUCAUGCAAAUAUUUGAAAUAAAAAUUUUACCUGUUAGUGUCACAAUUGCAAUGAUUGCAAAGUUUUCCAGUCUUCUUACGUGGCUUACUGUUCAAAUUUGGACUGGUGAAUUGUAUCCAACUGCCAUCAGAUCUCGGGCAAUGGCAUUGUUUUUUUUAAUGGGUGUAUCAGGUGGCGCAGCUUCUCCUUGGUUGUCACAGUUCACUAGACAAUUUUGGGCACCUUUGCCAUUUCUCAUAAUGGGUUGUGCUCCUGUAGUACCAUUGCUAUUUUGUUUCACUCUUAAAGAAACCAAAGGUCUAAUUGUUGUUGAUAGUUUAUUGGAAACUGAAAAACUUAAUAAAGACGACAAAAAUAUAGAUUUUGAUGCAGAUCUUUCAGUUUACGAAAAUGUUCGAUUAGCAGAGAAUGAUCGUUCUUCUAUAUUUCAAACAGAUUGAAGCUAUUGUGUAUAUGUAUAGACUUUAUAUAAAAAAAAAUUUAAUUUGAUUUUUUAUAAAUGUAUAAUAGAAGUAAAUUUCAA